AUGAAGCUCAACUUCGACGGGUCUUCCAAGCACUCGACCGGGAUCGCGAGCAUCAGCACCGUGCUCAGGCGAGGGCUCGAGCUGGCGGUGCAGAACGGGUGGCGCCUCAUUUGGGCGGAGGGCGACUCCAAGGUGAUGGUCGACGUGGUGCGCGACCGUGCCGACAUGCAGUCGGAGAAGGACCUGAGACUGUGCAGGGAGAUCGCCACGCUGCUCCCGCAACUCGACGACAUGGCCGUGUUCCACGUGUGCCGCGGCGGGAACAAGGUGGCCGAGCUCGGCCACAGGGUCCCCACCUGGGUCGCCGGGGCGUCGUACGUUGCCCUGGCCGCCGUCUCCAUCGUCGUUGUGCCGCUCCCGUACCCGCAGCUCCAGCAUUGCCACGCGCGCUAUUCGGUCGACUUUUAA